AUGGCCUUCACGUUGAAGUACCGGAACAGCUUCAUCGAUGCAGAGGAUCGAAUGCCUGAGGGAGAUGAUCGGAUGCGACGUGCUAGCAGUUUGCCACCCAGAAUCUCAAAGAUGGUCGAGGUUGAGGAGAUCUUGGAAGACGAGGAGAGCUUGCAAUGUUACGUGCAGAAGCUCUCCGAGGAUCUCUCCAAGUCCUUAGAUCGCAGCCCGCUGGCCCGCUGCAACCGAGGAUCUUCCCCCCCGGAGCGCCGCUCUCAGUCAGAAGAGAUGGAGUUCGGCGUGAUGGGUCAGCGCCUCCCAGGGAGUGUGGGUCACCCAGAACUCUGCAGGCGGCCUUGCAUUUACUUCAUGGCAGGAAACUGCGAGAACGGUGACAGUUGCACUUAUUGCCACCAGCCACAUUAUGAGAAGACAGUGAAGCUCGAUAAGAAACAGCGAAGCUUCAUGCAGUCUUUAUCCCACAUCGAUUUCUUCAGCCUGAUCUUUCAUUUUUGCCGUGAAAAAGUCGAGUUCCUCAACAUCACCGAAGAGGCCGACGAAGUCUUGAAGAUUUUGCAAGAGGAGGCAGGCAAAACACAAUGGACCGAAACAAUCAGCGUUGAAUACUGUACCUUCUAA